UCAACAAAGUCACUAAUGUUAAAUGCAUUAAAAAGGAGUGUUCAUAUAAAACAUAUUGUAUUUUAUGUAAUGGAUGUGUUAGAACCAGAAUUAAUUUGGGUUAAUGGAUGCUGCUAUAGAUUUUACGAAAGUAGUGCCUGGAAAAAUAUUGAUACAUCAACCCCAUACAUGGAAGACAAAGAAUCAGUUUGUUCAGAUGAGGUAUCUGACACUGAUAUAGAGAUAGUGCCUCAUAAUGGGCAAUUCAAAAAUACCUUCAAAGUACCCAAAGUAUACUAUCCACAUAUAAUUGGUGCAAAUGGUAUGACACGUAAAAAAUUGGAAAAUGAGACAAAAACAACUAUAGAUGUACCAAAGAAGGGAAAAGAUGGGAACAUUGUUAUUACUGCAUCAGAUCAUCAAGCUAUAAUAUCCGCAAGACAUAGAAUUGAUUUACUAAUAGCGAAUUCAAGGAAAAAGAUACGUUAUACACAUUUUUUGUCUAUCCCAUUGAAUAAAAAGGGAAUAAUUGAUAAUUAUAAUUCUUUCAAAGAUGAUGUAUUGAAAAAGUAUGCCAAAACAGCAUACAAUAUUGAAGAAUCACUUUUUCAAAUGCCGUCUAAGUUACAUCUCACUAUUGGAAUGCUCAAAUUACUUGAUGACAAUGAAAAAAAGCAAGCUAUUGAUGCUCUUUUGAGUUGUAAAGAAGAAAUCAUAGACCCUUUUCUUGAAGAAUUUGGGCCAAUAAAUAUACAAUUACAGGGAGUUGCAUGUAUGAAUGAUGAUCCCACAGAGGUUAAUGUUUUAUUUGCACAAAUUACGCAUGAUGAAAAAUUACAAGAACUUGUUGAUAAAAUUGAUGAUUACUUUGUCGAUAUAGGUUUAAAGGAAAAAGAAUAUGAAACAAUAAAAUUACAUGCUACUUUAAUGAAUACAUCAUUCAAACGUGAGGAUUGGCGUGCAAAAUCUAAAGAAAAAUUUAAUGCAAUUGAAAUAUUAAAAGUUUAUAAAGACACAUUAUUUGGAGAAACUAUAUUUAAUCAAAUAGAUAUAUCUGAACUUAAAACUGCUACAAAGGAUGUUGCAUAUGCUGUAACAGAAUCUGAUAUCAUGGAGAUCAACGAUGGAAUUUCGACAAUAUUUUGUUCAGAACAUACUUUACAAAUGAAUAGUACUUUUAAUGCUUUUCAAAUGGCUCAACGACCAGAAAUAACAUCUAAGCGAAAGCAUAUAAGGCUAAAAAAAAGCAUGAGUUUACCAGAUGAUACAUUAGAAUAUUGGGGAUUUUAUUUACUAAAAGGUGCAACUGUAGCACUCUCUGUGUGUUCAAGAUUUCCAGGAGCCUCCAUAUUAGUGGUAAAAGGAGAAAGAAAUUUACGUACUUGUGGUUUGUUAGAACACAAUAUCAAUAAAGAACAAACACAAAAUAUCUACUUACCAGGUGCAAACAAACAGGUUAAAAUAAUAGAUCAAUCAAAUGCACAAGAAAUUGAUUCUAAAGAAUCAAUCAUGGUUGAGCCUAUUAAUAUAUAUAACACUACCAAUGUACAUAUAUUGCUUGUAAAUGUAAGUUCUGAAAAUCCUGUAAAUAAAAAUGAGAAAGUUCUUAUAAAUACAAAUAAUAAUACAUGGUCGUAUAAGUCUGAUGAAAAUUUGAAAGAUAUAGAGACAUUGUAUGAUACUGCAGCAUCUUAUAUCCAGAAACAUAUAGAUGAUCAACAUGAAAGCAUGAAUCGCACCAGAAAAUUAAGACAUCUUAGACACCGCAAGAACAAAAAUAAAAAAAUAAAACAAAAGAGAAAACAUGUACAAGAUCAAGACAGAGAAAUGCACAUACAAAAAUUAGAACGUGAAUUGCAUUCUGAUAAAAUUGAUGAAAAAGAUAUGGUUGGACAGGAAGUAAAGUUGAAAGACAAGAUGGACAUCAAAAGAUUUAGAAGAAGUCGAGAACUUAUAAAGCCACCGUCCUUAUUAGAUCAAGGCAUCAGGCAUGGUGGAAAUGCUGAUAAAAAUUUUACAUCUAAUUCUAACGAAUCUUCAUCUAUUUCCAGUUUUGAGAAUGGCUUAUUCAACUGUUACGGAGGAGCGAUAUUGUUAGCUCAUGAAUUUGAACCUUCAAAUCGCUGUACUGAUGUUUCUUAUUUGCUCAAUAGUAAACACACACAAGCAAACCAUCGUGUGGAAGAAGAUGGUUAUUAUUAUUACAUUUUUUAUAGCGAUAAUGAUAUUGUGUCUAAUGAUAUUUAUACGAUUUUUGAUAUAUAUAAGCCAACUUUUCAAUAUGAAAAUGUGUCUAAAUCAUGUAUAAAUAGAACUGAAUGCUCCUUUACUUUAAGUCCACUGUCAGCAGAUAGAAUAAUUGUUGAAAUACCAACCAAGGAUGGUAUAGAACAUAACGAGAUGGAUGAUAUUAGCAUAUUAAUUUCUAUUUGCCAGCCACGGAUGGGUGCAUAUAUGUUUUUUCCAAUUGCAAUAUUGCUUUUAAUUCUUGGUUGUGCUUUUAUGUGAAUAUGGAUCUCUAAUUCUAAAGGUACUUGCACAAAAUGAAUAAAAAAUGUAGAAAUCUUUCAUAAUUAAGAAUUUCUCAUAAAUCAUGAUAUUUAAAUGAUUUUAUGAAUUAAAUACAUAUUUAAACAUGAAUUGAUUGAAAAUUUGAUAUGGAACAAGAAUCUAGGAGAAAACUAUAUUAUGUUUUUAAUCAGGUAUAACAGUUUAGUUACUUAAGGUAAAAAUUUUAAAAUGUGUACUAAUUAUAAAAAUUAAUGUCUUUGUGUGUUAUUGUUUAUAGAUCACUUUACGUCAUUAUAUAUAACAUAUAAUGAUAAUUUUUUUUCUUCUAUAGAAAAAUUAUUUUUGAUUUGAUAAGAAAAAACUAUGAUUGAGAAGAUGUUUUAUAGUUUUGGUUACAUAUCAUAAAUGAUAUGAGAAAAAUGUACAUAUUAUAUAUUACAUAUUCAUAUAUUAUAUAUUAUAUAUAUUCGGAAGUUAACUCUUAUAUAUAAGUGUUUAGUAUAAUUAAAAUUAUAAAAAUUUUUUAUACUAUUGCAUAUUUUUCAUAAAUUGUAUAAGUACAAAAACAUAAAAUAAGAUAGAUUAUUAUAUUACUGUACAAAUUCAUACUUAAUGCAUAUUUUGUAUGAAUUAGAGAAAAAAAAAAGA